AGAAAAAAUAACUAGCAGUUUAUAGAGUUAAGCUAUAGCGAUGAUAUUCGGUCUAAUUGUAGUGUCUCUGGUCCUUAUAAUCACGUUGAAGUACUUAUAUUCAUCAAAAUUAGGACUUCCUCCAGGUCCAUUUUCAUGGCCAGUAGUUGGAAACCUGUUCCAACUAGGUGAAAAAGGACUUCCUCAUAUCGCUCUAGCAAAGCUAGCGCAAUGUCACGGUCCUGAUCUCAUGUCCAUGUGGUUUGGCAGCCAACUAAUGGUGGUUGCCUCAUCCCCUGCAGCUGCUGCUGAGGUUCUUAAAACCCAUGAUCGUAUUCUUGCUGGUCGCUUUGUUUCUCGUCCCCUCCGAAUAAAGGGGUCGUUACUUCACAAUUUGUCACCCGCAUUUUUGGAGGAGUGUGAUGAUUAUUAUCGAAGUAUCCGUGCGAUGCUUAGGACAGAGCUUUUCUCUGGAAAAGCUUUGGAAUCACAGGUAAGUAUGAGGGAGGAGAAAGUCAUGGAACUGAUACAAUGUCUGUCUCAAAAACAGGGCCAAGUGAUUAAGAUCAAGGACUUGUUUUUUGUGACCGCUUUAAACAUAAUGGGUAAUUUGUUCUUUUCAAUGGAUUUAAUAGAUUUUGAGGGCAAGGGCCCAGGUGAAGGAUUCAAGAAUUAUAUGAACGAAUACAUAGAUGUUUCUGCCAUUCCGAAGCUAGUAGAUUUGUAUCCUAUAUUGGGUUGGGAUUUUCAAGGAACAUAUAAGAAGAUCAUAUGUAUUUUUCAUAAAAUUUCUGCUGUUUGGGAAGGCAUUGUUCAGGACAAAAGAUCAAAUAGAGACAGCCAAUUACCUUCUUUAGGAGCUGCUAAAGAUUUUACAGAUGUUUUGCUUAAAAAUGGUUACACUGAUAUACAGAUCAAUGCAUUGCUUGUGGAACUAUUUGGAGCUGGUACAGGAACUUCAGUCGAUACAAGUGAAUGGAUGCUUGUAGAAAUACUUAGAAAUCGACAAGUCUUACAAAAGGUCCAGGAUGAAAUCGCACAGGUAGUAGGAGCUAAGGGCUUUGUAAAGGAAUCUGACUUACCCAACUUACCAUACUUGGACGCUUGUUUUAAGGAGACACUAAGGUUGCAUCCUCCUGGACCACUGCUACUUCCUCACCGCGCUGUUCAAGCGUGUGAAAUCAUGGGUUACAGAAUUCCAAAAGACACCCAAACGUUGGUUAAUACGUGGGCAGUUGCAAGGGAUCCUAAAUUUUGGGACGAUCCUUUGAGCUUCGAUCCCGAAAGAUUUAUCAAUUCAAAGGUGAACUACAUGGGGCAACAUUUUGAGUAUAUCCCUUUUAGUUCUGGAAGGAGAAUAUGUCCUGGACAGCCUUUAGCUUCCAAGGUUGUUCCCUUUGUUGUUGCUUCUUUGAUCCAUAAGUUUGAUUGGUCUCUCCCAAAUGACAUGGAUCUGGCUCAGAUUAACAUGGAAGAGAUUGUGAUUAUCACUAUGCUUAAGAAAGAGCCACUUCUUGUCAUUCCUAAAUUGCGGAAAAUGUGAUGAAGAAUGACGAAAAGAAGCAGAUGAUAUAUGUUGUAAGACUUUCAUUAUCACUAUUGUUAUGCGUGUACUAUGCAAUAUUUAAGUUGUUGUAUUGUGUCUGAGGAUGGACACUCUAAUAAACUUUCGAAAUAAUUAAACUUCUUGCAAGGUUUGUAUGAAUUUAAAUAGAAAUACUUUUCUUUA